ACUUCGUGUUUAUUACCAGCCGUCACAUUCCGUUGCCGGUUUUGAAACAUAUUCUGCACACACCUUAUAGUUUAAAAGAAAGCUGUAUGAGUUGACAUUGAAAUGAGUAGUUUGGUUCAUUUGGCUUGUAACGUUUCAUAAGCGAAGCUAGCUAUAUGGCCUACCUAGCGAUAACGCCUUUCUCUUAUUGUUAGACAUGUCUUUUUAUUUAGCUUCUAUCGAAAACUAGCAGUUAACCAGUCAGCCAAACCCCACCAUGUGUUUAAAACACGUAUUAGGGGACUCAUUUUAAAACGGUUCUGAUACAUUGGGUUCCGAUGUGAGAGACAAAGAGAAGCCAUCUGCUCCAUUGUGCAUCGCAAAGUCCCCAUCAUAUAAAAUGCACCUACAAAGCAGAUGAGCAGAGGGCUGAUUGCAGCUUGAAUCUGGAUGUGCAGCAAAACUGGUUGCAUCUGCCUUAACUAAAACCCUACACAUGAGCUCUCGUAUGGCCCUUGUUUCCUACUUUCAUGACUCUUGACAUGGGGAGUAAAAUGUCCUUCGGCAGAGGAAGCAGUGACCAAAAUACAGUCUCUGACUUAACUUCUGUGGCACCUCUACCUCGCAGUUCCAUUCAUGCCCCUUCGGACUGCAAGCAGAAACCCAAGGAUAACAGACCCAGUGAAGAAGAUCUGGACACCAGGUGGAAAGAUGAACCAAAAGUAACAGAUCGUAGCCCUGCCCUUGAAUUGAACUCAUCUGGCCGCCUGGAGUCUGAUGGGCAUGUCAGUGCUGAAACAGUAGGCAGAGCAAUUUGUGAGCUGGGUGAAGACGUGCCGUCACAGGUGAGGAUGGACUCAAUGUCUGAAGUGACAUCUGCGAGCGUGUGCAGCUCCACAACGGACAGUCAUGGAAAGCCUGUGGAGGUCCGCAAAAAACGUGGGAGGCCUCGUAAAAGAAAACAGUUGUUGAUGAAAGACAAAAUAGAUCCAAGUGCUGCUGGUGUUGAUGCAGUUCAACAUAAGGAGGUCAGCACCACAAUACCUGUGCCAGUGUGUAUAGUCAACCCCAGCAAUGAUGACGUGCCUAACAAAGUAGAUGAUCACUUAAUCAGUACUUCACCUCAUAAUGAGGUGGCAGCUUCUCAAGCUGCCUUGAAUGAAAAAGUAGGAGAUGAUGUGCCUUUAUUGGUAAAAAGAAAAAGAGGGAGGCCAAAAAAAACUGAUGCAGUUUUACGAAACACCAUUUCUAAGACUGCAGCUACGCGUCGUGUCCCUUCUCGUGUUGUUAAUCUAAGUGGCCCUGCACGGAGUCUGAGAAGUAGAGGACUGCAACAUCCUUCAACGCAAGCUGAAAAGCCUCGUAGUAAGGAGAACCUAAAACAAAAUGAAGUAACCUCCACAAAAAGUAGUGACACACCCUGCUUUCAGCGUGGUAAAAGAAGAAGGCGUAGGUUUCAGACUGAUCAGCAAGUACCAGCCAAAGUGUCCAAGCUUGAAGAUUCCCAGGAGACCUCAUCAGUGUUGAGCAAUGACACAAGCAGUGUGGAGAGAGCAGACGCAGAGAAACAUGUGGAACCGAGCACUGACACACUUGAGACUAAUACAGAUGGAAAUGGUGAUCAGGUUUUACAUUCUGGUGAAGUACAAGAGCAGCAGACACAGGCAAAUGAAGAUUUGUUACCACACAAAGAGCUGCACUCUCUGCCAGAGCCUGGAAUUGUAUCUUCAAUGGAUCCGAACAAUAUUAACACAGUAAACCCCUCUCAGAACGAAGCCCCUAACAUACAGCAGUCAAAUAGCACAAAUUGCAGUGAAGAGCAUCAGUCAAAAACUCUGAAGUCCUUAGAUUCUCCAAGAAAUGCAGACUUAGAGAAAAAAGAGCCCUCUAGCAUAGAUAUUGUAACAUCCUCUGAAGAAAUGUCUAAACCUGAUGGGAGCACCUCUGUAGUGAAAACUCAAAAUGUAGAGCUAGAUCUGGAUCAUGUGAAAUCUGUAACACAGUCAAACACUCCUAUAUCUUUUCAACACACCACCAACACCACAGUUGAAGCUCCAAACAGGCAGAAAAAUGCUUUUCGGCGCAAGAGAGGCGGCAAGAGGAGAAGGAGAGUAAGUAAUGUUUUGCUACCAAGGGAGCAGAAUGUAGAGAAACAUGACGUUAGUGGCGACACCGAACAAAAAACAGACUGUAGCGACGUAAAUACAGAAGCCAACCCUGAUGAUCACACUAAUGUCAUCUACACUAAGAAAGGCGAUAAAACAUUUUUAAAAUGUGGGUACUGUGGUCGUCUCUUUAAGUUUCAGUCUCAGUUCGUCAUACAUCAACGCAUUCACACAGGAGAAAGGCCUUUCAAGUGCACUGAAUGUGGAAGAGGUUUUAGCAAAAAUUCAAACUUAAAUCUUCAUCUCAAAGUUCACCAGAAGAACAGCGCGUAUCAAAAUUGUGAUUUUUGCAAGAUCAAACUCUCUUCCUCCGAGUAUGCUUCUCAUAUGAAGUUGCAUGCACAUGAGCUCGAUGAUGAGGGCCAGAACACCAAAUCUGAGAAACAGAACAGAGGGGGUGAUCAUGAAACCAGCGAAGCUCUUAACAGAGCAUCUCCACCUGAAAAGAAAGAGAGAAAAGUUUGCCAGUACUGCGGUAAAACGUUCUCAUUCCAGUCUGCCCUUAUAAGACAUAUCCGUGUCCACACAGGAGAGAAACCAUACAAGUGUGAUAUAUGUGACAAAGCUUUUGGUCAAGCUUAUUUUCUCCGUGUCCACGAGCUGACCCACUGGUCCGUGAAGCGUUACAACUGCACGUGCUGUGAAAAAUCCUUCACUCAUUAUAGCAAUGCAAAAAACCACACAUGUAGACCCGUGAGUGACAGCAAUGACUCACAACCCAGCAGCCGCAUAAAACCCUCACUCACAUACACCUGUCACAUCUGCAAGAAUAUUUUUGAUAAUCUGCAGGAGUUCAACAGCCACAUGAAAGAGCACGCCGGCACAAAGCUGAUUCGCUGCUUGUACUGCGACAAGCUGUUUGCCACGCUGUCUGAAUUUGAAACCCAUCGCAAUCAGUGCGCAGCAGACAGAAAUUCCUCCAGCGUUUCGAUAAAGGAGGAAAAGACCAUGUCAUUGAUCCAGUACACAGUUCCAGCACUUAGGUGUUCACUCGGACACAAUUCAGCCCCCAUCACCCCGUCAAAUUGUGAAAUGCAGAAAAAACAAUUGCAGGUUUGUCGCAAGAGAAACUCUGACAAUUUAAAGAAACCGUUCCAGUCAACAGCCAUACCUCCUCAUCACCUCUCACACUUUGUGUCAAAACUAAACAAACUAGAUAACAGAUCUGACCCCAGAAGAUAUCUCUGUCCAGGCUGUGGCCGACUGUUCAGACACAUGGGCAGGCUGCGAGCCCACAUGCUCACUCACGCCUCUGGUCAAAGUUACACCUGUGCCUGUUGUGGUAAGACACUAAGAAGUUGGAAAAAACUGUGGUAUCACCAGAGAGUCCAUCGGCAAAGGAGUGGGCGCUUCACCUGUCCACAGUGCGGGCGAGGUUUUCGGUUCGUCGGCCCUUAUAGAGAACACAUGAACGAGCACCCGGAGUUCCACUGGGUUGAAGACAGGCCUCAGAAAGUGUUCCUUCCUUAUCAGUGUGAGCAGUGCAGGUGCAGUUUUAAGACUCUAGACUUGCUGUUCAGUCAUCAGCUCUGCCACUCCUCCACUCAAGACCUGCGCAAGGACUCUGAUUUCAAUUUAUUAAUAGACGAACAGAGUUCACCGCUAAACAAGAAGAUGCCUAGCCCUCCCAGCAACAAGCAAGCAACAUCGCAUUCAGCAGCUGAAAUAAAUAACUCUCCUUUGAGCCCCUCACGCAAAUAUCCAGAAACAGUUUCUCAAAAAUCACCUUUAUUGUCCAUAAUUUCCUUCGUCCCUGGUCAGGAUCUUCAAUCCGAUCAUUCUUCUCAACCUGCCCAGCGUCCACUAUCCCAAAACAGGGAAACCAGUCCUGACAGAAUAAGUGAAAAUGCACCUGGAAAACCCAUUACGCCUUUAAGAACUCUGAAAAGACACCUGACUCAAAAUACCAGCAAAUCAGAAGAAGGGUCUUCAGACAAUGUUAACUGUGCUGUUUGUGGGAAAGCAUUUCCUGCCAUUUCAGACCUUUAUCAUCAUUAUUUGCAGCAUGCUAGAGGCCAGGUGUAACACCCUGCAUGGAAAUACAGGUUUUAUAUGUCCAUCAGUGUUUUCGACAGUGUUAAAAGCAGCAGAUUACAUUUAAUGGUACAUUUAGGGGGAUUUGAAUGAUUCAUGAGGAUGCUUAUUCAACAAGGAAUUUGUGUCAGUUUGAUCAUUUUAAAAUUUCUUUUAAUUAAUUUCAGUAACGAACUUCAGGUGUUAUUUUUGAGUGAAUAGCAUAAACAGAAAGACUGUAGAUGGAGAGAUAAAGUGUGAUGCUGGUUGAUUGUUACAAAAAGAGCUGCAGCUCAGUGUCACAGAAAUCUUCCAGAGAAUAUCUGUAUUUAGAGCAUUGAUUGCCAGGAGUAACCUCUGAAUGACAUGACUGGUUAUUGACCAAUAUGUUGUAGUAGUUACAGGAAGUCGUCACUUAUAAACACAACCACAGAAAACGGCAGUAGUUAAUAAAUAUUGUUGUCCUGCAUCUUCUUUAAGAUUUUAAUCCAUUACUUGGCCGUUCGCUUGGAAUAAUCUCACAAAUUCCUGUGAAUUUACUAAGAAACUCCAAACCAUGUGGAUGUUUUUAUUGCUCAGAGGUCAAAGUAUUUCCGUGAUUGUACCAAAUUAAAAAUUUGUUUUGAUCUACAUCUUAGACGUGUCUUAGACAUAGACUCGUUCAUUAAUUUUCUGUACGGCUUAGUCCAGUGAGGGUCGUGGGGAAGCUGGAGCAGGGUACACCCUGGACAGGUCGCCAGUGCAUUGCAGGGCCAACAUAGAAAGACAAACAACCACUCAAGAUCACACUCACUCCUAGGGAGAAUUUAGAGUGACCAAUUAAACUAACAUGCAUGUCUUUGGACAGUGUAUUGUAUCAUAGACAUGUAACAUUUUUUUUUGUAUUUACAUUUUAAAGAGUGACUAUCAACUUUGCACAUGUUCGUCAUUGUGGACUUGUGAGAGUAUAUGAAAUUUUUUUAUGAAAUAAUGUAAAACAUUUCAGUCCUGUUGUUUCAAGCAGGGUUUUCAGGUUCUUAUUCACUGUUUAUGUUUUUUUUAAAGAUUUUAAUUUAGACCCUCAUGUUGGCCUUCAGUGUAUUGGAAGGAAAAUGAUGGAAAAUAGCAAAAAAAAAAAAAAAAAGAAGCUGUUUUCUGUGUUUUCUGAUGGACACCUUGCUCUGUUGUAUAUAAUUGUACGUUUUAGUUUGUUUUAAAAACAAUAAAGUUCAUUUUUGUA